AAGCAACUAUGAAGAUCUUGCUGUGGACCUACAUAUUCAUGAGCAUAGAAUUAGUGAUAAUAAGCCAGGCUACAGAAAAUAUUACACUAAUGGAGCAAAUGCACACAGCUUUAGAUGAUCUUUGUCCUGGUGCUGAUGUAUGUGCUGAGGAAAGACAAUUCCAGAGAAACUUUGAUUAUAUGACACAUUCUGAAUUCCGCUCAUGUUGUACAGAUUGUUCAUGUGGACCGGAUUGUGAAAAGAACGGCAAUUGCUGUUUCCCAGAAGCAGCAAAAUACAACAAUGGUAUAGAUAAUUAUGAAGAAGAAUCAACAUGCUUGUUUCCUAUGACAAAACAACCAGUAGGGAGUAAACGAAUAGCUUAUCAGUCAUAUUAUAUGGUAACAUCGUCGCUGGAAAGUUAUAAAAAUGGUACAAAAUUCAUAUAUAAUACAUCAUGUGGGAGUGAACGUGUAGCACCAUGGGGUAGCUUAUAUCCAGUCUAUUCAUCUACAACGAAAAGAAUAUAUAAGAACGAAAUGUGCGCUACAAGAAAUGGUGUUACAGACGGAAAGCUUCUGGACGCAGUACUUUAUUGUGCAAAAGAACAGUACUUUGACAAUAAAUUUAUGCUGUUUAUUUGCGACCAGGUUGAACUUGAUCCUUCGGAGUUCAGUCUGACUGCAAAUGAUACAAUACUUCAUACAAAUAUCACAAACCGUAGAAUGUUCAGUGCAACUAUGAAGAUCUUGCUGUUGACCUACAUAUUCAUGAGCAUAGAAUUAGUGAUAAUAAGCCAGGCUACAGAAAAUAUUACACUAAUGGAGCAAAUGCACACAGUCUUAGAUGAUCUUUGUCCUGGUUCUGAUGUAUGUGCUGAGGAAAGACAAUUCCAGAGAAACAUUGAUUAUAUGACACAUUCUGAAUUCCGCUCAUGUUGUACAGAUUGUUCAUGUGGACCGGAUUGUGAAAAGAACGGCAAUUGCUGUUUCCCAGAAGCAGCAAAAUACAACAAUGGUAUAGAUAAUUAUGAAGAAGAAUCAACAUGCUUGUUUCCUAUGACAAAUCAACCAGUAGGGAGUAAACGAAUAGCUUAUCAGUCAUAUUAUAUGGUAACCUCGUCGCUGGAAAGUUAUAAAAAUGGUACAAAAUUAAAAUAUAAUACAUCAUGUGGGAGUGAACGCGUAGCACCAUGGGGUAGCUUAUAUCCAGUCUAUUCAUCUACAACGAAAAGAAUAUAUAAGAACGAAAUGUGCGCUACAAGAAAUGGUGUUACAGACGGAAAGCUUCUGGACGCAGUACUUUAUUGUGCAAAAGAACAGUACUUUGACAAUAAAUUUAUGGUAUGGCCUAACACAAACAGUAUUCCAGAAGGCUGCAUAGUGCAUUUUAUCUACCGUGGCAGCACAGAAGAUAUAUCACAUUUGAAAUGCUAUACACAUUUAAUUGACACUUGCCCCGAUGAUGAUUUUAAUAUAUCUUCAUUUGAAAUAAGUCUUCAGAAAGAAAAUGUCAUUGAAAUGUGUACAAGUGGGCUAGUUUCGCCAUUUAAGACAAUCAAUAUGUACGCAAAUGUUUUUUGUCAUAUUUGCAAUGAAGGGCUUUACGACGAUAUCUAUUUUUGUGAAGUACACGACGGUACCGUUCUUCGAGCCUUUGACGAUCGAUCAUUCCUCGGGCUAGUUGAUGGUAUAUUUCUAACAGAAAAUAGCAAUGAAAAGAAGACAGAGAGUCAAAACCACCCGAUUAUAUGUAGUCCUGUAAAGACUGAAAAAUGCAAAGUUGUACAUUGCCCCACGGGACAACUUCGAACACUCAAUGGUGAUUGUGCAUACACUACAACGGUCUGGUAUAACCAGGAUUUUACGGUUGAACUUGAUCCUUCGGAGUUCAUUCUGACUGCAAAUGAUACAAUACUUCAUACAAAUAUCACAAACCGUAGAAUGUUCAGUGAUUCUAUUUAG